AUGCACGCCUCGCUGAAGACAUUCCUGGCUCUAGGCCUGGCGUCCGUCGUCUGCGCGCAGCACACCAAGCAGGAUGACGAUAUGGGCCCUGCCGCCUUCAUGUGGCCUGGUGACCGUGUCUGGAGCGGAGACAUGGACAACCAGGAGCCUUGUGGCUCCAGGGCCGGUGUUGGAAACCGAACCGAGUUCCCCUUGGUCGGUGGCAAGGUGGCUCUCGUUGCCCAGGAUGACUACUACAACACCAAGAUCUCCAUCUCUUAUAAGAAUGACCCAACGUCCAACAGCGACUUCACCACCGUCAUCCAGGAGCAAUCUGUCGCGGACCUAAACCCGGGCCACACCUGCGUCGAAAUCCCCAACCCGCCGUCCUCUGUUGCCGCCGGCUCCAACGCAACCCUCCAGAUCAUCUACCGCGCCGACUGGGACGCCCCACACAACCAGACCUUCUACGCCUGCGCAGACAUCACCUACGUCGAGGCCGCCAACUUCAACACCCGCAUCCCCUGCUUCAACGCCACGGAGCCCGGCGAGGAUGACAUCGCCGCAACCUCGUCGCCCUCGGCGUCCGCUUCGGCGAGCAACUCUGCUUCGAACAGCGGGUCGUCCUCUGGCGGUAAGAGCGGGCUAUCCGGCGGUGCGAUUGCCGGAAUCGUUAUCGGCGCUGUUGCCGGGCUGGGCUUAUUGAUUGGCGCGGCGCUGUUCUUCUACCGCAAGAGCCAGCAGAAGAAGCGCAACUCGAGAUUGGCGCGGAUGGAAGAGAAUGCGAGACGGUCGGAACACUGGUCGGCGGGCAAGGACUCGGCCUCCCAGAACAGCGUUCAGUUGAAGAACAUCCCUUGA